AGUAGAUGGCGGUAAUGCACGUCAGUAAGUUGCUUGCCAACCGCCAUAAAAAAAGAGGAAGAAGAAGAGAAAGGAAAAAACAAGACAUGUAGUCGCACAAUAGGUGGUUUUCCCGGUCACAGCGAACAGUAAUGGGUGGGUCCAGAGUUUGUUUGAAGACGGUGGUCUGUCUUCAUUAGCGGUUCCGUAUGGCGUGGCCGGUCCAGUUUUUCUUCCGGGGCCUUCGCACUGUCGGAUUGGUUCUCCUCUACUAUGUCUUCUCCAUAGGCAUCACCUUCUAUAACAAAUGGCUGAUGAAAGGCUUCCACUAUCCCUUGUUUAUGACGCUGGUUCAUCUUGGCGUCAAUUUUUGUCUGUCAGCUCUGACGCGGCGGGCUAUGCAGUGCUGGACAGGGAAGCCCCGCAUCAUUCUGACCUGGAAAGACUACCUCCGUAAAGUGGCUCCAACAGCCUUGGCAACAGCACUGGAUAUAGGGCUUUCCAACUGGAGCUUCCUGUUCAUCACCAUUAGUUUGUACACCAUGACCAAGUCCUCUGCAGUGCUGUUCAUUCUCUUUUUCUCCCUUGUGUUCAAACUAGAGGAGCCGAACCCCUUCCUGAUCCUGGUGGUCCUGCUGAUCUCCAGCGGACUCUUUAUGUUUACAUUUGAAUCGACUCAGUUCAACAUGGAGGGCUUCAUCAUGGUGCUGUUGGCCUCCUUCAUCGGGGGAAUCCGCUGGACCCUCACUCAGGUCCUCAUGCAGAAAGCGGAGCUGGGUCUUCAGAAUCCCAUCGAUACCAUGUACCACCUCCAGCCUCUCAUGUUUCUUGGACUUUUUCCCCUUUUUCUCUACAAUGAAGCGCUGAGCCUGAGUGAUUCGGAGAAGUUGUUCCGUGUGACGGAGCUCUCUCCACUCCUCUAUUCCCUCAUGACGCUGAGCGUAGGCGGCACGCUGGCCUUCGGCUUGGGCUUUUCUGAGUUUCUCCUCGUCUCCAAAACCUCCAGCCUCACAUUGUCGAUAUCAGGAAUCUUUAAGGAGGUGUGUACGCUGCUUUUGGCAGCCUCUCUGAUGGGAGACAGAAUGAGCAAACUGAACUGGCUGGGGUUCGCAGUGUGUCUCUGUGGGAUUUCUUUACACGUGGGACUCAAAACAUACUAUUCCAAAAAUAAGGUUCCUUCUGUUCGGCAGCUCAGCAGUAGAAGUUCAGAGCUUCAGUUGCCAUUACUUCGACAGAACGGAGAUAAAUGUGAGGAUUCGGCUGCUGAUGACUACAACGAUGAAGAGGAGGAGCAAGAAAUCUCACUGCAUUGACAAAAGCCCACUUGGACCCGGCUCAUUCCUUAACGUUUAGAGAAGCUCUUCCAGCUUCUUCGUUGUUGUUGCUUCCUUGGUUAUACAUUUCUCUCUGGACUUAAAAUGCAACAAAAAAUAAAAAUAUUUUGAUAGUACAUUGUAGCAAGUACAGUCAAAUAUUCAGAAUUUUUAAUGUCUGACAGGUGAAGAAACAAUGUUGUAUCUUUGUAGCAAUGUUCUGACGCAUCAAAUGGGGGAGGGUUUUUUUUCCUUAUUCAUCAGCCACAUUGGAGAUAUCUUUGAUGUCUGGCCGAUACCAGUUUACGGUUCCAAUUUUCACAUAUUCAGUGGGGUUUUAUUUAAGGGCUGUAAUGAUUAAGAUGGGAAAAGAAAAUUGCAGGUUCUGUGAUUGAGGUGAGAGUUUUAAAUCAAACAGAAAAUGACAAAAUUACAUAAUCGUCUCUAUUUUAUUUGUUGUAUCAUAAAGUUGUCAGCCUUUUUCUGAUUAAUAGGAUUAAGAAGAUCCUGUGUGUGUGCUUAAAAGAAUAGUCCUCACAUUUUUUAGUUCUGAUGUACUUUAUGGAUAGGAGGAAAACAUAUUUUUCAUUAUUCCACUUGAUAAUUAAGAGAAAGUUAGCCAUUUCAGGUCUGGCCAUUGAUUGUUGCAUCAAUUUCAAUACCUCCCAUUGGGCUUGGCAUUUAGCAGCUGUCAGAUGUCGUAGACCUGAAUAUUAUUUCAUAGUGUUUGUUAUGAUACUGGAUACAGGAUAAAUGAUCAUACUUUGACCAAUAUUUAAAACACUCUACCUGUAAAUUUAAAGUUUGGUUCAACGUUGGUUAACAUUUUCCAGGCUUUUACUUAUAUUUCAAAGCUAUGUGCCUUAUGAGCUAUUUUUGCUAACGAGUAUGUCGGUGAUUUGCAUCGCUAUUUAUGAAAAGAUUUUGAUGUGUAUAAUUUUCAAUAAAAUGUAAUUUUAUUUAGAUUUUUAAUAAACAUAACAAACAAGUUAA